GUUAGCUAUAUAAACUCCUUAGGUACAGUACACGAAACAAGCGGCAAUUGUUUGUUAUUUUGAAAGUUUUAUGUGUGUUGGUGAUAUCAGGUGUACUUGAGUAAUGUCUACGAAACCUACAUUGGGGUAUUGGAACAUUCGAGGGCUGGCCCAGCCAAUCCGACUACUGCUAGCCUACAAUGAAACUGAGUUUGAGGACAAACGAUACAACUGUGGUCCCCCACCUGAUUUUAACCGCAGCUCUUGGUUGAAUGACAAACAUUCCUUGGGACUAGACUUCCCUAAUCUACCAUAUUAUAUUGAUGGAGAUACUAAAAUCAGCCAAAGUGGUGCUAUUUUGCAUCAUCUGGCAAGGAAGCAUAAAAUGGAUGGUGAAACUGAACAAGAAAAGAUCAGGAUUGAUAUGGCUGAACAACAGCUGGUAGACUUUAGAAUGGGUUUUGUUAAUCUUUCUUAUUCUCCAGAUUUUGAAAGUCUUAAGGAUGGUUAUUUGAAAGAUCUGCCUAACCAACUGAAACUGUUCUCUAACUUCCUUGGAAAGAACAAGUGGUUUGCUGGGGAGAAGUUGUCAUAUGUGGACUUCAUCAUCUAUGAAAUGCUGGAUCAACAUAGAAUCUUGGCUCCAGACUGUUACAAAGACUUUCCAAAUCUCAAAGAAUUUCUUGAUGGAUUUGAGGGUCUACCCACAAUCCAAUCAUACAUGAAGUCUGAAGAGUACAUAAAGUGGCCAUUGAAUGGUGACAUGGCAAAGUUUGGAAGUAGACUCCAGCCUCUUCCACAGUGAAUACAUUAUCAGCUGGAUCUGAAAUAUAACCUGGUUAAUUAUACUUAUGAUAAUUUAAGCAAUGUUAAAAUAUACAAUCAAAUUUACUUUUAUAUUGUUUUUCUGAAAUAAAUCUGUAUUUGUAUUUUUGACUUCAUUUGUAAUAAACUGUAUCAGCUGA